AUGAGCGGAGGAGGGACGCCUUACCUGGGCAGUAAGAUCAGCCUGGUGUCGAAGGCCGCGAUCCGCUAUGAGGGGAUCCUGUACACGAUCGAUACCGAGAACAGCACCGUGGCCCUGGCCAAAGUGCGCUCAUUCGGGACAGAGGACCGUCCCACCGAUCGGCCCAUUCCUCCGCGGGACGACACGUUUGAGUACAUCAUCUUCAGAGGCAGCGACAUCAAAGACCUGACCGUGUGUGAGCCGCCCAAGUCCGCCUGCUCCCUGCCCCCGGACCCUGCCAUUGUGCAGUCGUCAAUGAGCUCGUCCUCUGCUCCGCCGCCGUUCCAGUCCAGCUCUUACGGCCUGUUUAACCGCGCCGCUGCUCCCUCAUACAGCCAGUUCACCUCCAGCCCACUGGUGUCACCGCAGUUUGGAGCGGUGGGAGUCGGACGUGCAGGGCCAGCUCACUCUUACAGCGCUGCGUUCGGCCGCGCUCCUCCUGAAGCUCAGACUUUUGUAGACGAAGGCCGCAGCAGCCCCUCUCUUGAACCCCAGAGGAAGUCUCCCUCUGCAGCAGAACCAGUCCCCCCCAGCUCCUCCUCCUCUGCCCCCUCUGCUCCUCCUGCUCCGGGCCUUGGCCAGAGGAGUCCAGCACACAGCAGGACAGCGCCCCCCCCUGGAGCCACUGUGCACAAGUCUCCUUUACAAGAUGUGGGGUCUGGAGACGGUCAUAGGAGAGGAGCAGAUGUACACAAAGUCAAAGCAGAGGAGCAGAGACCAGCGGAGCAAGACCCCAAACGGCCCCCAGUUGUGGGCGCUCCGAUGCACAGGCGUGGAGGUCGAGGAGGAGGUGGUGGAGGCAGUGGUGGCGGAGGCGUAGGAGGAGGUGGUGGUGGAGGAGGAGGAGGAGGUGGAGGCGGAGGAGGAGGCGGGCACAGGGGCAGAGGCCGCUUCAAUGUUCGCAGAGAUGGACCCGUGAAGUUUGAGAAGGACUUCGACUUUGAGAGCGCCAACGCCCAGUUCAACAAGGAGGACAUCGACCGCGAGUUCCAGAGCAAGCUGAAGAUCAAAGACGACGGGGAGAAGGCGGUGAACGGGGAGGAGAAGGAGCCUGGAGCAGAGCCUCAAACUGAGCCCAGUGCAGACGAGGACCGAGACCCUCUGGGACCCAACUGUUACUACGACAAAACCAAAUCCUUCUUUGACAACAUCUCUUGCGACGACUCCAGAAAAGACAAAUCCGCAGCCGGUGUUGUGUUUGGGAGGGUGCACCGGCAAACGUGGGCAGAGGAACGGCGCAUGAACGCAGAGACCUUUGGGAUCCCUCUGCGUCACGGUCGCGGCCGGGGCGGAUACCGUGGGCGCGGGGGCAUGGGGUUCCGGGGCAGCAGGGGGCGGGGCUCGUUCGGGCCUCACCCACGGGGAGGGGGCUACAGAGGCGGCUACAGGAACCACAACAGCCAGGCCGGACGGGAGUUCGCCGAUCUGUCCUACAGGAAGGAGAACAAGGCGUCGGCGUAG